AAUUAGUUGGCUCCGAAACGCAAGCGCUAUAGUGUCGCACGGGCAAUAGAACAAGAAAUAUGGUGGUUGUGAAGAACGAACAGAAGAUCUCGGUGCCGGAGUACCUGAACGAACAGUUCUUCACGGACACCCUCGAAGAGGGUCUGAGGGAGUCGAAGGUGACGCUGAAGGAAGUGAACUUUGAGUGGGGCAGCAACCCGGGGGACAACUACUGCUCGGCCAUCUACAGGGUGGGCCUGACGUUCGCAAAGUGGGCCGACGGCAAGGAGUCUGCAGCCACGGAGCAGCUCUCGGUGAUUGUGAAGACCAUUCCGAUCAGCGAAGCCACCCAGUUUCUGGAGGACGUCAAUGUGUUCAUCAAAGAGAAGCAGACCUACACCGAUGUCCUGCCCCGUCUGGAUAUCCUGAGUCGAGGCGACACAUUUGGGGCCAAAUACUACCACUCCGUGAAGACGCCCGUUCAGACCAUUGUGUUCAGCGACCUCAAGGUGGAGGGCUACAAGGUGGCCUCUCGGGAGGCAGGUCUCGACUGGAACCACGCCUCGCUGAUCCUGCAGCAGCUGGGAAAGUUCCAUGCCACGUCCAUGGUGCUGGCCAAGAAGGACCCGGCCAUUGUAGGGAAGUACUCCCGAGGCAUGCUCAGCGAGGACACUCUGAUGAAGAGCGACACCUUCGAGCAAAUGUUUGGCGGCUUCCUCAAGGGCCUGGUCAAAAGUUCCACCGCUUGGCCCGGUUUUGAGAAGAUAACCAAGAAUCUUCAGCGCCUCUUGGACAACUUCCGGUCCGUUUGCGCGUCUGCAGCCAAGCCGAAGGAGGGCGAUCGGUACGUGGUGCUGAAUCACGGCGACAUGUGGACCAACAACUUCAUGUACGCCUACGAGAAUGCCUCGGAGCCCGCGGUUCCCACGCGCGCCAUCUUCGUGGACUUUCAACUGAGCUUCUACGGCAGUCCAGCGUGCGAUCUGAACUUCUUCCUGAACACCAGCAUCAAGCUGGAGUUGCUGAAGGAGCGUCGCGAGGACCUCAUCAAGGUGUACUACGCGGCCUUCAAGGACGCUCUGGAGUACGCCCGCUUCGAGGACAUUCCCACCUUCGAGGACCUGCAGUACGAGCUGCGCAGCCGCGAGACCUACGGGCUCUUCGGCCUGUUCGCCUUCCUGCCCAUGAUCACCAUGCCCAAGGCGCUGGCCCAGGACAACAGCAUCGAGAACAUGCAGGACGAGGCCUUCAAGCAGCGCAAGAUGGACGCCAUUUUUUCGCAGAAGUUCCUGAACGACCACCAGAAGUGGGCCCUGCAGCGAGCCGACUCCCUCGGCGUCUUCGGCGACUACUAGGGCGUUGGCCUGGCACUGGGAGCUGGGGAUAUUCAACCUUUGUGAUAUGAACUGAGUUACCUCCGGGGCGUCCGAACCGUUGAUGAGGUAUUGCUUUUAAAGCAAUAAUAAAAUAAUUUAAUAAAAAUUUAA